GUAUGUAUAUGGAACAUUAAGUCGGAGAGGGGUUAAACUCUAGUGUAUCGGGUUGCUUGGCAUGGAACAGAUAUCGCGGAACCGGUAAGUCGGAGUGGUUAGCUUUCUGGGAGAGUUGUGGUGGGUUGGUGCGACGGCGGAGAUAGGUGCAGAUGGAAACCGGAAUCUUCCAGCUGCGUUUCUCGAUCCGUCGUCUGCGGCCGCAAAGCUGUGAUGCUUGAGUCCGCCAGAUAUAAGGCUCCGACCACUCUGCUUCCGACCAGCAGCAAGUUCUCUCGACGCCGUCCAUCGCCCUCCGUCAUAUCGCCGCCGCUAAAGUACUGGCAGAGAGUUCACAACAAUGGAGUACGUAAACCCUGAAGGUCUUCGAUUAGAUGGUCGCCGAUUCAACGAGAUGAGGCAAAUCGUAGCUGAAGUUGGAGUUGUUUCUAAGGCUGACGGUUCUGCUGUCUUCGAGAUGGGUAAUACCAAAGUAAUUGCAGCUGUUUAUGGUCCAAGAGAGAUUCAAAACAAGAGCCAGCAAAAGAAGAACGACCAUGCAGUGGUGUUGUGUGAGUAUAGUAUGGCUCAGUUUAGUACUGGUGAUCGUAGAAGACAGAAAUUCGACAGGCGAUCAACAGAGCUAUCUCUUGUCAUCCGUCAGACAAUGGAAGCUUGCAUAUUAACCGAAUUGAUGCCUCACUCUCAGAUCGAUAUUUUCCUUCAGGUUCUACAAGCUGAUGGAGGAACAAGAUCAGCUUGUAUCAAUGCCGCGACUCUAGCUCUAGCAGAUGCUGGAAUUCCAAUGCGUGAUCUCGCUGUUUCCUGUAGUGCUGGAUAUUUAAACAGUACUCCUCUUCUUGAUCUGAACUAUGUUGAAGACAGUGCUGGAGGAGCUGAUGUAACCGUCGGUAUUCUACCUAAAUUAGACAAAGUGUCACUCCUUCAGAUGGAUGCCAAGUUACCGAUGGAAACAUUUGAGACAGUGUUUGCAUUGGCUUCUGAAGGUUGCAAGGCAAUUGCAGAGAGAAUACGCGAGGUACUUCAAGAAAACACCAAACAGCUAGAGUAUCGCCGAGCUGCAUAAACUUUAGAGUUAGAGAAAAAAACGUAAAGCUCCAAGAUUUUUGUUAAUUAGAUUUUGCUGUUGUUUGUGGAAGUUGAGGAUAAAAAGCUAGUAGUGCAAACUCUUUUUGGGAAAAAUGAAUCAAUUUGGUAAAAAGAUCAAACUGAAUCGAUUGAACACAA